AUGCCUGCGUCUGAUUGGCCGCGGUGGGCCCCGCCCCCCUGCCUGCUGCUGCUGCUCGUGCUGGGGUCGGGUCGUCGGUGCGAAUCCGGCUCGCCGUUCCCCAAAGACCUGGAACCGCUGAGUGUGGUCACAUGGCAGCACUCCAGCCUCCCCUCCUUCCAGGGUCUCCUGCAGGAUAACGACACUCUGCGACUCGGACUCGACUUCCAGAGAAUGUUGAGGAUCAACCACAUGUUGUACAUCACAGCCAGGGACCACGUGUUUGCAGUAAAUCUGACGACGGCCUCGGAGCGAUUCGUUCCUCAGCUGAAGCUGACAUGGAAAUCGAAGGACGUGGGGAAAUGUACGGUCCGGGGGAAGAACAGCGACGAGUGCUACAACUACAUCAAGGUCCUGGUUCCCCGGGACGACGAGACGCUGUUCGCCUGCGGAACCAACGCCUUCAACCCCACCUGCAGGAACUACAGGAUGCGGUCCCUGGAGCAGGUGGGCGAGGACCUGGUGGGACAGGCCCGCUGUCCCUUCGAGUCGGGUCAGUCCAACGUGGGACUGUUCGCAGGCGGGGAGUUCUACUCGGCCACCAUGACGGACUUCCUGGCGAGCGACGCCGUGAUCUACCGCAGUCUGGGCGACCGGCCGGUUCUCCGCACCGUCAAGUACGACUCCAAGUGGCUCCGAGAGCCUCACUUCCUUCACGCCAUCGACUACGGGAACUACGUCUACUUCUUCCUGCGGGAGAUCGCCGUGGAGUACACCGCGCUGGGGAAGGUGGUGUUCUCCCGAGUCGCUCGAGUCUGCAAGAACGACAACGGAGGUUCUCCUCGAGUCCUGGAGCGAUACUGGACCAGCUUCCUGAAGGCCCGUCUCAACUGCUCGGUUCCUGGAGAUUCCUUCUUCUACUUCGACGUCCUUCAGUCUCUCACCAGCGUCCUGCAGCUGGAGCAGCGGCCGGCGGUGCUGGGAGUCUUCACCACUCAGGGAAACAGCAUCCCCGGCUCGGCGGUCUGCAGCUUCUUCCUGGACGACGUGGAGCAGGUCUUCUCGGGGAGCUUUAAGGAGCAGCGCGGCGGAGACGCGUCCUGGACUCCGGUCCCAGAGGACCAGGUUCCGUCCCCGCGACCCGGCUCGUGCGCCGGAGACGGUCCGGCGGCGGACUUCAAGUCCUCGGUCCAGUUUCCGGACGACAUGCUGACCUUCAUCAAGUCCUUUCCUCUGAUGGACGGAUCCGUCCCCGCCGUCAACCACAGACCCUGCUUCACCAGGACGGCCAGCAGGUCCAAGCUGACCCAGAUCGUGGCGGACGUGUCCGCCGGACCCUUUAAGGACCGGACCGUCCUCUUCCUGGGCUCAGAGGACGGACACGUCCUCAAGGUCUUGGUGUCCAGCCGUCCCAACAACACCUGGAGCUCCAGGCUGCUGGAGGACAUCGACGUCUACAACCCCAGCAGGUGUGACGUUCAGGGACAGGAGGACAGGACAGUGUUGUCUCUGGAGUUGGACAAAGAGCAUCAUGCUGUCUUUGUGGCCUUCAGCAGCUGCGUGAUCCGACUUCCUCUGAGCCGCUGCUCCCAGCACGGAGGCUGCCGGAGGUCCUGUCUGGCGUCUCGGGAUCCGUACUGCAUCUGGCUCCGGACCGGGUCCUGCGCCAGCGCCGCGCCGGGGUUCAGGUCGGGAUUCGAGCAGGACGUGGACGGCGAGUUCUCGUCUCACCCGGACAGCUGCCACACCGACGUUCUGGAGACCGGCCGGAACCAGGACCCCGCGGCAGACUCCGCCUACGGUGUCCGCCGUCUCCCGGACGUGGACCAGCGCUCGGCGGCGACCGUCCACUACACGCUGCUGAUCGCCUGCGUGCUGGUGGCGUUCUUCCUGGGCGCCGUGCUGUCGGCCUUCACGGUGUCGUGUUACUGCGGCCGAGGCUCCGCCCACCGCGCCGGCCGACUGGCCAAGGACCCGGAGGCGUCGCUGUCGCACGCCCUGUCGCUGCGCUCGCUCGCCAGGCUCAACGGGCUCAACGGGCUGCUGGACGGGCCCGCCAAGGAGGACAAACUGGACGUCUCCACGCCCAAGAUGUACAGCUCCUUCAUCCCCAACGGCUGCCCCUCCCCCCACCUCCUCCCACCGGGACUCCAGCUGGAAGACCCCGAGCUCAGCCUGUCCCAGUCUCUCUCUCAGGGUGACGGAGAACUCUCCGGCCUGCCUACGCCCGACUCCACCCCUGAGCUUCCCAUCAAGAGCCUGAAGGCUCUGAGGCAACAUCAGCUGGAGAAGAACCAGAACCAGAACCAGAACCGGAACCGGGACCAGCCGGGUCCCAGCUGCUCCUCCUCCAGUCUGGGCUUCAUGGCCGUUGUGGGGAACUUCCCCUUCUCCACCCGCGGGGCGGGUGCCUCCUCCCUGUCACUGCAGCUCGCCGAGGAGAGGAGGGAGGGGGGCGGGGCUGGAGGCGGAGCGGCGGCCCCGCCCCCCCAGCAGCCUCCGCCCCCCCAGCGGCCUCCGCCCCAGGCGCUGGUGGACGUGUCGGCGCUGGACGAGCUGCUGCAGCACAUCCAGGAGGUCAGCGCGUCGGGGACCGGCGGCAUCAAGGUUCUCACCUCCACCUCCUCGUCCUCGCUGUUCCCCGGAGCCUCCUCCACCCCCGCCUCCACCGGGCUCCACCCCCACCACCGCCAGCCCCGCCCCCACGGACAGACACGCCCCCACGGACAGACACGCCCCCAGCUCCACAACAGCAGCAGUGCUCAGCACCAGCAGCAGCAGCAGCAGAUCCCAGAGACCCAGACGUUCUUCAGCUCCUCCCACCACCUGGACCCGCCCCCAGGAAGCUCCGCCUCCUCCUCCUCCUCCUCCUCCUCUUCCUCCAACAACCCCACCUCCUCCACCUCCAUCCCGUCCUCCUCCUCGUCCUGCGCCUCCACCCCGCUGCAGCAGCAGGUCAUCCCAGAGCGGCCCGGAGGGGGCGGGGCCAACGCCGCGGCGCGCCACGGCCUCAUCAGGAUGGGCGGCGGGGGCGGAGCCUUGCCGCGCCACCACAGCUUCUCGCAGCGCGGGGCGUCGCACCCGCAGCACUUCCUGGCCAGGAUGAACACCAACAACAGCAACGCCCGGCCGGCCGCCGGCGGGGGCGUGGCCGGCGGGGGCGCCGCGCCAGAGGACCGGCGGCCGGCCGUCUGCCUGACGCGGCAGCACAGCUACAACGGCGGUCCGCUCGGCGGCCGGCCGGCGGCGGUCCGCAGGACGGCGUCGCUCAAACCGCAGGUUCCGCCCAAACCGCUCUUCCUGCCCAGCGCCGCGCCGGCGCCGCUGGCCGACGCCCAAACCCACCGGUACUGAGGUGGAACCGGGGAAACCGCCACGGGUUCCGUCACGGCGGCGGACGCUCGGGCGAGGAACGCCGACGGUUCCAGACCGCCUCCAGGAGGAACGCGGCGCUCGGCCCGGAGAACCUGCUGGAUGUACCACAUUGGUACCGGAGACACAAACAGAACCGCUCCAGAGGUCCUGGCCUGGAGCCGCCGCUCUGGUCUCUGAUUGGACAAAACGCUCCAGUGAAGGCACCCUGCUGGCCACGCCCACUCAGCCUUCAAAAUAAAAGCUCAGCUCACUCUGGUUUCGGUCACCUCAGCUGCGUUCAGACUGGAACCCGGCGUUCCACCAGGAACCGACAGAGAACCACAGCAAGACGUUCUUCAGCCCCGAGACGCUGCUGGAGGCUUUUAUUUUGAAGGGUGCUGAGCGCGGAACUGUCCACAUCGUGUUCUGGUGAAGCUUUGACUGAUCCGAUACAAAAUCACUCAGCGGUUCCCAACUUGUGGUUCUCAAGCUGUGGUUCCCAUCCUGUGGGCCCUGUGGUUCCCAAGCUGUGGUGUCGAACCUCCCUGGAGGACUCUCCGGUGCUCUGAGUGGACGUGUCCUCCACCGUUUGUCUUCACUGAGUUUUUUUAAUUUAAGAAGCAAUAAGGGGGUCUGAGGUUCCCCUGACCCGGAUCCACAUCCGGUCCUGGUCCACCUCAGAGCCAGACCAGCUUCGCAGAUACCUCACCUUUGACCUCAUGGGCCUUUAGAACCGGCUAAGAGACAGAACGGCCUCAAAUGAUGAAAGAACCGGAGUUCUGCUCCCUCAGAGGUUCAGAACCGGGUCCAAUCAUCGGAACGUUCUAGAACGUUCUGAAAAUGUGACUUUUAAUGGCACCGGACAUGUUUCCGUUUCCUGGAGUUUUGAAUGUGUAGAGGUCAAAGGUCGCCCCAGUGGACACAUCAGGAGCAUUGAAAUAUCAUCCUGAUGUCUUGUGGUUCUUCACUGCGGCGGGCCGGGUUCCGGCCGGUUCUGGACGGUUCCGGACGGUUCUGGCCCGUUCCGUCCGGUUCUGGCCGGUUCCGGACGGUUCUGGACAGUUCCGGCUGGUUAUGGACGGUUCUGGCCGGUUCCGGACGGUUCUGGCCGGUUCCGGACGGUUCUGGACGGUUCCAGCCUCGCUGAGUUCUCACGUUCUUUGUUUUUCAAGAUUCACUCAAAAUGUUUUCAGACUUUAAUUUUGCCGAAAACUGAGAAAUUCCAAAGAUUCACACUGAACCGCUCAAACAGCUAGCAUGCUAGCAUGCCAGCGUGUACGUCAUUCUAGCAUGCUAGCAUGCCAGCGUGUACGUCAUUCUAGCAUGCUAGCACGCACAUCAUACUAGCGUGUACGUCAUGCUAGCAUGUUAGUGUGUGCGUCAUGCUAGCAUGGGUCAACAGGAUUCUGCUUCCUGUCCCGGAGUCUGCAGGAAGUUUCCACUGAAGCCGACCGAUCAGGAGGAAGAACCCCUCACGUCACUUGAUUUUCAAAGUAAAGCUGAAAAUGAGAAACUGUUUCAGAUUUCUACUCAUAACUGACUCGGUUCUCCGGCCGGGACGUUCUUCCUGUUUCUCCACUCAUCAGCAGAAUAGUUUCCGGUUCCACUUCCUGUUCCGUUCAUCACGGCGGCGACAUGGAUCCACAUCGACAGCAGAACGCCGUCACCGUGGAACAGGAAGUCCAGGAAGCUGUACCGGCUCAGAACCCAGUGUCUGGUUCUGUGGAGUUCUGUUGUCUUCCUCUUCACGUGGUUUCGCGGUCGGCGCUCCCUCUGCUCCAGAGGACACGGCGGCUGCAGGAACCAGAGGAACCGGGACGGGUUCUCAGGACCGCAGCAGACCAGCUGGUAUCUGGAACGUCUGAUGGAGGCGGGGCUUCGGCUGCAGCGCCGGACCCUGACCCGGUCCGGGGUCUGGGAGCGACGGACGACGUGAUGAACGGAACAGGAAGUGGAAACAGGAACAUGACGAACGUCCCGGCCGGAGAACAACCGACUUGUUCCUCAGAGGGUUUCAUUUGAGACGUUCUCGUCUUUCUGCUGCAAAACUCCAGAAACCCUCGUUUGGUUCUGCUGGAAAACAGUUUGUUCCGUUUUUAUUUGUGUGAAAUCAGGACGCCGACAUCAGAACAUCAGAACAACAGAACAUCAGAACAUCAGAACAACAGAACAUCAGAACAUCAGAACAACAGAACAAUAAAACAACAUAGAACCAUCUGGAACCAAAAGGUUGAAAAAGUCACAAACCGAAUGAAGGAACCUGCAGAUUUCUCCUCUGGACCGGACCUGGGUCCAGAUCCCCUCAGAGCCGGACCCGGGUCCAGAUCAGUUCUGGACUGGUUCAAGAUCCCAACCAGAACCUGGCCCAGAUCCCCCUUUGGCGGACCCGGGUCAGACCCCAGACCAGCUCUCCUCUCAUGAAAUCUGCUGCAAUAAGAGUGAGCGACGGUUGUGACUGACAGGAAGUGGCUAGACAGACAGGAAGUGACAGACAGGAAGUGGCUGGACGCUGGACGGAUGCAGGAAGACGGACGAAAGACUCCUGUCAGUAAAAGAAUCAAAUCUCUCUUUUGUAACAAACUCUUUUGUAUGAGGAAACUCUCCACGCCUGAAAAUAUGUUUGAU